UCAUAUUUAGGAAUAUUCUUGGUUGAUUACGUAUACAACAUAUUGGCAUAUGUCAUUUUGUAUGAAAAUAUAAGCGAUGUGUGAACGGCAGUAGGUUAUGCUAACGCCGUGAAACGCGCCCAUGAACAAAAAAACAAACGUGCGCUGGCGAAGCAGUCCGAGCCGACGCAGACCCCAGUAAUAAUGAGCCAGUAAUAAACCCGCACCCUCAGAUUAGCAAAGCGAAGUUAUAACGUCUGCAUUUGCAGACAAGCGAAGCACCAGCACUGCCACUACUGCACUAAUAGUAGUAGUAGUACUAGUAGUAGUACUACAGUACAGACAGAGCAGACGGUGAAGAGGUCUCUUGUACUGGCACUGUGAUUAGUACAGCCUGUGGCCUGUACUAGCCCUUCGCUCCGUCACAGACAGGCAGGUGAACCUGCGCACGUCGAUGUGAUGGAUCAGACUGCAACGUGACAGAUCGCAGCUUUCCCCGGCAGCGUCGUAACCGCAUUCUUGCUACGGGAUGCUGGAACGCACGCCGGUCCACGCUAGCAUCCUUCCAUCGCAUGAUAGCCGACAAAAUACUCGCGCAGCAGCGACAGCAGCAGCAGCCGAGACUCACCUCGCCUCCUCGUCGUCGUCGUAGCGACCCACACGCCGCAGGCGGCGCGCACUCGCCAGGAGGGGGCGCCGCUAGCGAGUGCGCGCCACGCUCGCAUCGUUAGCGCGAUGCCGAUCGUACGUUUCCACGGCUACCACGGCGAGAACAUUGAGCUGCUGGAUAAUGGCACGGUGGCGCACCGCAAGUCGAGCUUUGCGCACGCGGUGACCUUCAGCGAGAAGCCGCUCUACCCCGGCGACAUCUUCCUCCUCGAGAUCGAACGCAACGAGCGAGGCUGGAGCGGAUACAUGCGCCUCGGCCUCACGCAGCACGACCCCAACUUCCGCUUCCCGCUGCCGCAGUUUGCGCUGCCGGACCUCGCGAACAUGCACGCGCGGCGCUCGUGGAUCUUCGCGGUGACGAAGACGCACAACCGCGUGUGGGUGGACGCCGAUCCGCCGCAGGACGUGUCGCUGCACGACGGCAUGAACCCGCACUACGAGUCGGUGCUCGGCACGGGACCGUACGUCGCGACGACACGCGGCGUGAUCGCGCGCUCCAUGCUGCGGCCGAGCGCGCGCGCGCCGCGCCGACCCAGCGGCGACGACCCCCACCUGCCGGACGUAGACAGUGACUCGAGCGUGGGGUCGGGGUCGAGCGUCGACGUGCUGCAGCGCGCCGGCGGAGGCAGCGUCCUGCCGACGGACAUCGGGAGUCGCAUCGGCGUAAUGUACAUUCCGGCGGGCGAUUACGCGGAGAUGCACUUCAUUAUUAACGGCGAGGACCAGGGGCCGUGCGCGACGGAGAUCCCCCACCGGGAGGCGCCACUGUACGCGGUUGUCGACGUGUACGGCACGACGAAGCAAGUGCGGAUCGUACAGCUUUACGGAGUGACCAGCCUACAGAGCGCCUGUCGAGAAGUGAUUCUACAAUGCACAUCUAACACUGACUGUCUACCGCUACCUAGCAAGCUGAAGGAUUAUCUGCGAUAUCAGGUCUAGAUCUGUGGACUGCCAGUAAAGCGUACUAGUCUGCUUUCUGUUUGGCGCUUUCACGCGCGUCGAUUUAAAAAAAAUUGUGAUUUUUCGAAGAAGUCGGAAAGUUUCGUUGCCGCGUGUUCGCAACGUGACCAAUAUAUGUGUGACUCGUACUUGUCUGCGGAGUAAAAACGACCUAGAUGGUAGUUUAUUCGAGUUUUGUGUUUUUGCGACACGAAUGCGUUUACACACUUUGUUUCGUGCUGUUUUGCGAGGUAAUGCAAACAGUAUUCCUAUUCACAGUAGCAGCUGAAGUGCUGAAUUAAUAAGGUUUAACUCACAGUAAUAGUGCAGGAUGCGUUUGGGAAAUGUGGAAUGAAGGUUCAUCAGAAUUGCAAACAGAUUUGUGUAUGACGGGGAAACCUGUUAUGCUGUUCUGGAAUAAAGCCAAUUAUCUAACGCCGGCGAAACACCGUGUUACUCUGUUACGGCACAACACACCGACUGCAACUACACUGUAACUAUACCAGUAGUUACUACUUAUAGUAUGCUGAUCCUUAACUAUACGUAUUACUAAUACAGAAAUAUAUUCUGUGCGCUAGUUCUUUGACACGUUUGCAUUUCUAAGGCUGUUAGCACUGUCACACACUAAACCUUUGAUCGCUAGUGAGCAUUUAUGAACCCGCCCCGUGUUUUUCUCAAUCCGAAAUUUCAGUUUAUCUCAUUGGGUUAUCUCAUUAUGUUUCUACUAGCGUUUUUUCUGCAUCUCAGGAACUGGUUUGGGGUACAUUCGUCCACUGUCAGGCAAUGUAUGAUCGAAAUGCAUCGGAUUUUAACCACGGGCCUGAAAAUGGGUUUAAUGAGGUCGUACGUUAUGAGGAGUGUUCUGCUAUUGUACCAUUUAUGCUAGGCGUAAUUAUGGUAAAUUUAGUAUCGUAUGCUCACGGUGUGAUAUGGAAAGUGUGAGAGUGAUGGUUAUAACUCGGUAUUUUGUUAACCGGUGAGAUAUGUUUGGUACAGAAUUGUAGGUUGUUGAGAUUGGCAUUACCUUGUUGAGUGAGAUGUGAGUCUGUGUCCAUGCCAUCAACACAGAGCUGCUGUCUACACAGCCCUAGGAGCGACGUUGCGCGUAUGAUGUGUGUAAUACUGGAAUUUGUACAUAUAUGCCUGCCUGUAAAUAGCUUUGAUUCUCCCUAUAUAUUCAAGGAUUAAUUUGAAGAAAAAUUGAUUGAGCUCUACGAUGGCAUUCAUGCCCUGUUUCUUGCAGCGUGUGUUUGUGCGUGCGUGCAUGGGCGUCCGUGCAUGCGUUCGUUCGUACGUGCGUGUGUGCGUGCGUGC